AAGAUUGAACACUGAAUAGUUCAUAAAAGGCAUGCAUUUCUAUGAAUCUAUGGAUUUCAGAUUCAGCACACCGAAUCACCCACCAAUAGAAAACAUCCUUGGUGGAAAACUGAAUGUAUGGGACCUCUUCUCUAAAAGAAAACACACAAAAUCUAAACUCAAACAUCAUUUCAUCUCUCUGUCAGAGCUCUUCCUAGGAAUACUCCUAAUCAUGGCGGAGUGUGUGACGGACAUGGCUCAGGCUGCUCUUUGCCGCAACAGCACCGCUGCAGCACAUUUGAAACUGAUUUCCAUCUUCACAAUCUUCGUAACCAGCGUGAUGGGUGUGUCCAUGCCUGUCAUGCUAGCAAGAUACUUUCAAGGAAAGUCUCUCUAUGAUAUAGCUAUAUUGGUAAUCAAAUGUUUUGCUGCGGGUGUUAUUCUUGCCACCUCAUUGGUUCAUGUGUUACCGGACGCAUUUGCCGCACUCUCCGAUUGUCAGGUGGCAUCGCAACAUCCUUGGAAGGAUUUUCCCUUUGCUGGCCUGGUGACUCUUGGUGGGGUUCUGCUGGCUCUGCUCGUCGACACUGUUGCCAGCUCUCACGUGGAGCAUACGCACUACACGCCGGUGGAAACGGAGGAGAAGGAGGGUGGCGCUCGCUCAUUGAGUAUCGAGCUGGUAAGUGGCGGCGGUGAAGCGGAUAGGGUUGAAGAGUUGAUGAGGUUGAAGCAGAAGCUGGUGUCGCAGGUGUUGGAGAUAGGUAUAAUCUUUCACUCUGUUAUCAUUGGAGUCACUAUGGGAAUGUCCCAGAAUGUUUGCACCAUUCGCCCUCUCGUUGUUGCUUUGUCAUUUCAUCAGAUUUUCGAAGGCUUAGGUCUUGGUGGUUGCAUUGCUCAGGCAGGGUUUGGAUUUGGAACAACUGCAUACAUGUGUUUUAUGUUCUCUGUGACAACACCAGUGGGAAUAAUUUUGGGGAUGGUGUUGUUCUCAGUGACUGGUUAUGAUGAUAGUAACCCAAAAGCUUUGAUCAUGGAAGGAUUACUGGGUUCAGUUUCUUCAGGAAUACUGAUUUACAUGGCUCUUGUUGAUCUCAUAGCAGUUGAUUUCUUUCAUAACAAGCUCAUGAACUCCAAUUUGUCGCUCAAAAAAUUCUCUUUUCUUGCUUUAACUCUUGGCUCUGCUUCUAUGUCAGUUCUCGCACUUUGGGCCUGAAACAUUUUGCCCUUUGUCAAAUACACUAUUAGUAAAAGGAAUUUAUUUUCUGCUA